CGCAGAUCCAAUGACGAGCCUGCGAAUUGCCUUUCGUGCUACCAUACGAUGCGAGAAGGCACGAAAAUACUGGGAACAGGCGGGGAACCACUAUAUUGACUCGGGAUAGGGCAAGCAGGCAUGGAAUUCUCUCCGCAAUCCUUGACUUAUAAGUCCAGGCGUGCCUCGUGGCAUUCACGUUGAUUUAUCCUGGACUAUCUUCACACUCAUCAGGAGCAGCGGACGAAAUCGGCAUCAUGGGGAUCGAACUUCGAGGUUCAAAGCUGAUAGCAGUCAUCCUGCUAGCUUCAGGAUUGGACUUCUUACUCUUUGGCUAUGAUCAAGGUCUCUUCGGCGGCAUCUUGGGCGGCGAUGGCUUUAAAACAAUGCUCGGUCACCCAGGUCCUACCAUGACUGGCUUCGUCACCGCUAUUUACGACAUUGGCUGUGCAUUCGGUGCCGUUGCCGCAUUCUUCUUCGGCGAGUAUCUUGGGCGCAAGAAGUCCAUCAUCUAUGCCAACAUCAUUGUCAUCGUGGGUGCUACAAUCCAAACAGCAUGCUACUCCUACACUCAAAUGGCCGUGGCGCGAGUGAUCGCAGGAGUAGGAGUCGGUCUGAGUACAGUUGCUGUUCCAAUCCUGCAAUCUGAGACUCUUCCUUCUCACAACCGAGGUGCUCUUCUGGUAGUGCAGUCCGCGCUUAUCAUCAUUGGAGUCGCCAUCGCAUCCUGGCUUUGCUUUGCAACUUUGUUCGCCAACAACAGUCUUCAAUGGCGAUUCCCAAUUGCCUGUCAGAUUUUGUUCUCAUCCCUGGUUUUGCUUUGCUGUCCGUUUCUCCCAGAAACUCCACGUUGGCUUGCGAAACAAGGCCGGAUCCCUGAGGCCCGACAUACGAUUGCUCGACUCUUGGACAAGACUGAAGAUGACGCGGAAGUUUCUGGGCAGCUGCAAGAGAUCUUGGCUGCAAUCCAAGCUGAGAAUGAAGAUGGAGAGCCGUCUUGGAGUGAAGUCUUCUCUAAUGCGACAAAGACUCGGAAUUUGCAACGCGUCUUGCUUGGUAUGGGUCCGUACAUGAUGAACCAAUGGUCCGGAAUCAAUGCCCUCUGCUAUUACCUCGCCUACAUUCUGGAGCAGUACUUGGGCUUCAGCCAAAAUAUGUCUCUGAUCCUGGCUUCUGUGGCUUUCACGCAGUACGCUGUCUUCAGCUGGCCUCCAUACUUCUACAUCGACAAGAUCGGACGACGAUGGUCAGUCAUGCUCUCAAGCAUUGGCUGUGCUGUCUGCAUGGCGCUGAUCGCAGGCUGUCUAAUUAAGCAAAGCUACAGCUCCGCUGCAGCGGCUGUUGCUUUCAUGUUUCUGUAUCUUGAUUGCUUCACGCUGGGCAUUUUGCCUGUAAGCUGGAGCUACAGUGCCGAGAUCCAGCCGCUGAGAGUCAGAAACAAGGCGACGGCGGUGGGAGUGUUCUCGCACUGGAUGUCCAAUUUUGUUGUUGUGAUGGUGACUCCAAUCGGCCUCAACCACAUCAAAGGCAACUACUUCUGGAUCUGGGCGAUCGUCUGCGCAAGCUUCGUCCCGUUGACCUACUUUUUCGGCGUCGAGACUUCUGGUCGCUCACUCGAGCAGAUUGAUGAGAUGUUCUUCGAGAACCCGAGAGUGCUUAUGGGCCUGGACAAGAAGAACACUGUCGUCAUCAAAGCGAGCAGGCAGGAUGAGGAGGAUCGGUAUAGAGCGUUUGCCAAGGCUGAUGAGAAAGAAGUCGCGAGGAUCAGUGUCGAACAGAUGGAGAAGAAUUAGCCAGUACAGUUCGUUAUAUGCAUUUAAGUAUCGGACAGCAGCGC